GGCGGGGCGGGGCCGGGCUGGGAGCACAGCCGGGAUCCGGGAGCAGGCGGCGGCUGCGGGGCUUGGGCUGGCCAGACCGCGCUCCGAGUAGGCGGAGGGAGCGCACCUAGCCCCGACCCGGCCCCUGGAGAGGUGAGGACCCCGCUCCUCCUGCCCCACGGUGCCGAGAAACUUUCCGGACUAGCCUGGAAGGCCGGUGGAGGCUGGGACCGACAGCCAGACUGACCCUGCGCUAGAACUUGAGGGCGGAGAGUGCAGUUAGACCCUGUAAAAGGUGAAUGGGGCAGGGUCUUCCUCCGCUUGCAGCCGCGCAAAGGUCCGCGAACUGAAACCGUCCCGGGGAGAAGGGGCCCCGGGCCGAGGCUCCCUCUUUUCCAGCUCCGUUUGCGCGGGGGCACCGCUCAGGGAUGAUGGCCUCAGCUGGAGACCCCCACAUUGCUCAGAAAGAUGCUGCCGACCAGAAUUUUGAUUACAUGUUCAAGCUGCUUAUCAUUGGGAACAGCAGCGUGGGGAAGACCUCCUUCUUGUUCCGAUAUGCCGAUGACUCUUUCACCUCGGCUUUUGUCAGCACGGUGGGCAUUGACUUCAAAGUUAAGACUGUCUACCGAAACGAAAAGCGGGUCAAGCUGCAGAUCUGGGACACUGCAGGGCAGGAACGCUAUCGGACCAUCACCACUGCCUAUUACCGGGGUGCCAUGGGCUUCCUGCUAAUGUAUGAUGUCUCAAACCAGGAAUCCUUCAAUGCUGUCCAGGACUGGGCCACACAGAUUAAGACAUACUCCUGGGAUAACGCCCAGGUCAUCCUCGUUGGGAACAAGUGCGAUUUGGAAGAUGAGCGGGUUGUGUCCACAGAAGAUGGCAAGCACCUCGCUGAUGACCUAGGUUUUGAGUUCUUUGAAGCCAGCGCCAAGGACAACAUCAACGUGAAGCAGGUGUUUGAACGCCUAGUGGACAUCAUCUGCGAGAAGAUGAACGAGAGCUUGGAAGCGGGAUCGGGAGCCGUGGGCAACAGCAAGGGCGCGACACUGGGCGACGGGCCCCCUGCCCAGGCCAGCAGCUGCAGCUGCUAACGCCGGGCCCUGCCCCUCUUCCUGCCGGGUUUUAUGGCUGCCGUGGAAGGUGGGAGCAGCGAGAGCCAACCCUGGGGCACCCACCCCCCCAUGGGGGCCUGUGGUCCACUCAGGGCCUCCGCUUCUCCCCCCAUGCCUUUAGAACUAUGCUCCUUAUUUCUCCCCAGGAGCCUGCCCGCCCACUCACCCAGAGAGCCGGAGCCCUCUUGCAUCUCUGUCUCGCAGGGUUCCGCCCAGAGCCCCAUGAGGAGCAGGCCUUGGUGCUGGCUGCGGGCCUGGUAUUGACUGAAGGCCUGGGGAGAGCAGAUGCGGCUCUGACAUUUCCUUGUGGGGGGGAGUGGUGGGAUGGAGGCGGGGGUUUACCAGGCUGAGUCCCCAGCCAGUUGGAUGAACAACUCGUGAGGAAGAAGGGAGAAUGGCGCUGAGAGGGGAGGAAAGGCCCCACUCAUUUCCAGCAUCAACCAGGAGCAUUUUCUAAAUCUACCAGAAAAUCCACAGAUGGCAGGUGGGCCUCCCCUUGGAGUUUCAAAGGAGCCCUAUGAUGGGUAAACCCCAUUGACCAGGAGGGGCAGCAACACUGGCCUUUGGCCGUCCUUGGACCAGUAUCCCCCGCGGAGGAACUGACAGGAGCAUGCGUUUCUAGGCCUUGGCCCCCUCUUGUCCCAAAGAUCCUCCCUCCUGCUUGGGAAAAUACAGAGCAGCAAAGUCAUUUUUUUAGUUCCACUAGAACAUUGAAAACCCAAAAGGGAAAAGCUAGUCCAGUGGCUUCUUCUCGCUUUGGGGACAUGAAAAGUGCCUUUCAAUUGACAAAAUUGUUAGUUGUUUUCAUUUGUCCCCAUUAUGGUCCUGCUUUCAUUCCAUCCCAUCUCCCCAAUCCCCCUUGCCCCUCUGAAAUUUCAUUAUAGAACCAUUGAUAGCAGUAAUGAGUGGAAAAUCCCAUUUUUAACAUACAAGUCUUAAGUUUAAUAAAAUAAUGGACAUUUUGACAGACUGUGAAGUUGCAGAGGCAAGCUGGAAACCUGGGACCUGCCUUGGAGGCCCCAGAAAGUUUGGUUCCAGCACAGUUGGGCGUUGUAAACCUUUACUUCCUGCCAGGAAAGGAAAUUGAGCAAAGGACUGGCAGUUCCCCUUGGUCCCUGGGUAAAUUAUGUUUAUGAAGAAUACACGGGAACUCUUCUGAGCCACUGAGAGAGAGUUAUCCUGGCUAUCCAUCAGCACCUGAGGAUUAGUAAAAACCAGACAUAACCCCCUGGGUAGGUCCAGUGAAAGGCUGAGGAGAAGUGCCUGCUUUUAAUUCAACUCAUUUCACAAUUAUUUUAUCAAAUGCCUACUUUUUGUAAGGGAUUGUGCCAGGCACUAGGAUAGGGAGACAAAAAAAUCCCCUAAAACAUUGUUUCUCUUCAAGGAGCUUCUAAACAGAUAUAAUCUCAGGAGGGAAAAUACACUGUGCAGACUUGUAAAGGCUAAGGUGUGUUUUGGAGGGUGAGUGGAAGAAAAGUCUUAGUUAUUUACCCCCAGUAAAAAUGUCAGGCCCAUCAAAGAGUAUGCUGGUAAAGGUUUAAUAACCAGUUCUCCAGAGGGUAGGGGAAAGGAGGGGAUAAUUUAGAACAGAAGACUUUGAAAGGGUCAAUGUUGAAAAAUGACUCAUGCAUACAUUUUGUAAAUAAAAAGCUUUAACUUAAAAAAGAUUAGACCAAAAAAUUAACUAGUUAAUUAGAAGAAAAAAAGUUUACAUGGCACACUUUGUUUAAUCUGAAUGAUUAUUUUCACCAUUGCUUUCUUAAGUCUAGAUUAUCCAAAAAAAAAAAUAAACCAAACUCUGAUUUGGAGCACUUGCCAAUUUCUGAGGUAUAAAUGCUCAUACUGAGAAUUUAACAACUGGCUCUUGAAAAUCAGGUCCAGCUGUCUCCAACACACACCUGGCUCAGUCUCUAAAUUCAGAUAUGAUUUAAUUGUGUCUCAGACCCAUUAGGGCAAUUGCCUUCCACCUCUAGAUUAUAAGAACAGGUGUCCCACUAGUUGUCCCCACACCUCUCAGGAGCAUCCCCAAACUAGUAGAAAAAACACCAGAUUUAACAUCAAAAAAACCUGAAUUCAAAUUCCAGUACUGCCAUUUAGAUUACCUGUGCGACCUUUGGCGAGCCACAAAUCCUCGAAAGACCUCAGUUUUUUCACCUGUAAAAUGAAAGGGUUCGAUAAAAUUAACUCCAAGGACCAUUCCAGCCCCAAGUCUAUGAUCCAUGGCGGGAAAAUUAGGCUUUAUGCGGAGGGUGUGGGAAUCACAGCUUCCUGUUGGGAACACCCUGAAUUCCUCCUUGCAGAAAGAGACUUGACUUUUUCUGCCAUCUCAGCCAGAAACGGCAUCCUGUUCUCGUUCCAAGUUGGGAGGGGAGAAGGGAAGAGAAGGGUGUUUAUAACCAUCCAUCACUUAUUUUCUUAAGUCUGGGCAAAGGAACAGAACACACCUCUUUCUGGAGAGGACCUCAGGUUGAUUUUCUCAGGGUACAGUUUUUAUUUGGGACAUUGUAAAAAAAAUGGGCAAUAACCUAAAGGGGAGAAGCCUUCUAAAAAGUGAGAAUUUUCAUGUUCAUUAUUCAUUUGAAAGAGGACCUGGGACAUCAUGAUAUUUACUUGACAGAAACAAGAUUUAAAUGAGGCGGAAUUGCACCAAGAUGUCAGCCUCGCUCUGUCUUACAGAGCUAUCAGGCCAAAGGCAAGACAAAAUUCGGGACAACUGGUGAUGGCCCAGGAUGCAGUGGAUGAUUCUGAUGUCUUUAGUACCUGACCAAGCUCCAAGCUUUCCACAGCACCUGAUUCGUGGCCACUGGAGCAAAUUGUUCUCCCCUGCCAAUUCCUCUGGGGAAAGUCUCCCCGUGCUUGGGGUAGACAUCCCCCCAAUUUAUCGAUGGGUUUGAGGCUUUCAAACAGUCAAUGACUAUGUCUGGAAAAAGAAGAGAUUGCAGAUAGCCUUGUGUUGGAUGAUUCUUCUUGGACACCCACUGUUGCCUUUACAAAUGCUCCAUUCUGGGAGAUGGAGGUGUUUCUUCCUGUUCAUAGCACAUGUUGCGGAGUGUGGUUAAAAUCAUAAUAGUUUGUGGGCUAAAAAUUUUUUACUCUAAGGUUCACAACCCUCCAAGGGGUCAGUGAUCUUGGGUGGGAAAAUUGCAUCUUUGUUUUUCCAUUAAUUUUUAACGGUAAUUGGGCAAUUAUUUAAUUCAAUUAUUUAAAAAUAUUAUUUUAAAAGAGUUUAUCAUCAUCAAGCUAUCUAAGGGAUCUAAUUCCAGAAAAGGGUGAAGAAUCCCAAGCUUAAAUUUAAGCUCUCAUUGAAAAUAGCCUUGAAGUCUUUUCUGAUCUCCUUGUCUCCACCCCUAAACCCCAGCUGCUAAUGACCAACAGUGACAUGAUAAAUGGAAUUCUAACUUGGAGUCAGAAAAACUUGGAUUCAAAUUCACCAAUGUGAUGUGCCAGGGUCUGCUGUUAAUUUGAUUUCAUUCAGCCAACUUAAAAUUAAGUGUCUCCUAUGCAUAACAGCCCUAUGCUGGAAAGUGGCAAUGUUCCUGCCCUGAAAGAGCUUCCAAUUUUCUAGGGAAGUUAUAGCAUGUUCACAAAUAAUUAUACUACAAAUAUAAGGCACAAACUCCAGUUUAUGAGGUGGAACAGAGACCCUAGAGCUGGUCCUAGAAAGGAGAGAAAGACUUCAAUAGGAAGGUGGGAGGUAUUGUCCCCCCAGGCACAUGAUGAGCCCACUUGUAGAUGUUGAGAAAAGGAGAAUUAAAUUAGGGAAAGGCUAGUGGUGUCUUUUAGCCAAAAUAUAGAGGAUGUUGAGAUGCAAACUCUGAGAUAGGCCGGAAAAAAAAAAACAAGAGGGUAUCAGAUUGUGCAGGGCUUUAAAUAUCAGGCUAAUCAUGGCCUUUUUUUAUCCUAGAAGCAACAGAUACGGUCUUUAGUCUCUGCGGACUUACAGUUCUUACAGUUAAGGUCAGGUCAGUCAGUGAAAACAUUUAGUGGAAUUAUUAACAGCUUCCUCCUGGGUCUGUAAUGAGAACUAUUGAACCACGGAGGCCCAUUUUCCCUGUGGGAAAGGCCAUUGGGGCUGAAAGGAAAAGGAGGCUAGGGUGGUCUGGGGAGCUUGCAGACUGAAGGAGAAAUGUUUACCCCAAGGCUGUUUGCAGCUUCCUUUAUGCAGAAAAACAGCAUUGUCAGAACAGGCCCGGUUGCCUCAGCUCUGCCAGCUGGUUACAACAGGCUGUCUUUUACCCGUCCAAUUGGUGUUUCUUGGGAACUAGCCUGACAAUCACAUCCAACAAGGCUGUAAACUCUACAAAAACCUUUUUCUUACCCCUCUCCCCAUCAAAAUAAAGUUUUAUCUUUUCAUUUGGGCAGGGAGGCAAAAUAUGAUUACAACAUCAAAAAAUAUUUUCAGUAUUUGAUAUAUUCUUAAAUACAUCCGACAGGAAGUGUCUUCAUCAAGUUUACAUUCAAAGAAAUCCACAAGAAAAAUAUCUGUUUCCCCACAAUCAGAGGAAAUAAAAACCUAUGAGUAGA